GACAUACAUAAAGGCCGCGCAGGAAGCCUCUUCAGUCAGCCUUCUCUAUUAACAGCUGCAAAAACACAGAGGAGGGAGCACAGUCGCUGUGAUUGAUUCGCAGGCCUGGGAAGACACAUUUAACCGGCUGCCCUUUAUGUGUGUGUGCUGCAGACAGACCAGCAUUUAUCAUUAAGGACUUUGAUCUCAGAGGGGUCGGACUCACUACUUGUGUGGGAAAUAUUUUGUGGACAUAUAUUUUUAAUAAAGCACAAAGACUUCAGUGCCACAGAACAUGGGGACCUGCCCCAUCAGAUGUCGAUCCAACAUGACGAUCUUGGAAAAUUCACCUGAGCCUGAAUCCCCACCGCCGCAGGAGAGCGUGAUUGUCUCCCUCUGUAACUACCCGUCCUUUGAGAGUACAGAAUUAACAAUGUGCAUCGGAGAGCAAGUCACCAUCCUAUCAGAUGAUGGUGAAUUCUUAAUGGUCAGAUCCACAACCACGGGACAAGAUAGCUACAUCCCCAGCAACUACACGGCCAAGGUGACACACAGGUGGCUCUUCAAAGACAUCAGCAGGUACAAAGCGGUGGAGCUGCUCAUGCAGCCUCAGAACCAGAAUGGAGCCUUCAUGAUCCGAGAGUCAGAAUCUGUCAGAGAUUGUUACUCACUGUCUGUGCUGAGAAGAACCAGAUCUUCAUACCUGGACAGUGUAAAGCACUACCGCAUCCCUCUGCUCGAGAACGGCUGGGUCUACAUUUCUCCAGGUGUCACCUUCCCUUCCCUGCAUUACCUGGUGGAACACUACUCAGAGUCUGCAGGGGGGCUGUGUGUUCGACUGAAUUUGCCGUGCUACAUCCAGGGUUUGGACAACCCCACAGAGGCCAGGCCUGUUCCCAUUGUCAUCAGGAGGCCGACUCUCAACUGGAAGGGCAUCAGCAGGUCAAUGCUCUUCAGGAGGAAGAGGACAGAGUCAGACAACUCUCUGGUGAGCGAGGGGCUGAGGGACGCCAUCACCUCAUACCUACAGAUGACAGAGGGCAAUGAUCACAGCUGGGACACAUGAGGAGAGACAGAGGAUCAGCCUGAAACAGGUCACACAAAUAAAGUGAAGCCAUGCACUGUCGUGGCUCAGCUGCAGUUUGAGCUAGCCACUGAGAGAGGUCAUGUGGGCGCCCUGGAGCGGCACGAGGGCAGAGACACUACAAUGUUGGGAGUUUUAUUUAUGCAGUCUAUGGUGAAAAACUGUCUUUUGUCAAGAAGAAUGUGUUUGUUUCAAAGAGUGGAGGAGUGAACUCAUGGUCAGUUAUCUUAUUUGGUUUAAAAAAUGUAAUGUAUCACCUAAUUGAUGACCACAUACUGUAUGAACAUGCUGUUUUAAUACCACAUUGUUAACUCCUAUUAGCUUUGUUCCAACCUACUCUGUGAAUGUCUGAAUGAUGUAUUCAAUAUGGACUAGAACAAAACAAUAAUGUGUGUGCUCAGACAAUCAUUUUCAACACAUAAAUUCAGAGCAUUCCAAAGGGUUCAUUUACUUUUUCCUGCCUCUGUUUAUCGCCAUAUUUAUUACCACAUAUGAGCAUGAUGUUUAAAUGCCAUAUGUACAAUAUUGUCGUUAUAUAUGAUUGUUGUCAUGGUUGUGUAAUUGGAAUCCAAUAAAAUAUGUUGCAAAAUGAUAAUCAUAAA